AUUAUAUAUAUAUAUAUAUAUAUAUAUACCAACCAUUAUAUAUUCCAUGCACACAGAAUUCAAGCUAAGUAUCAUAAACACUCAUCAUAUAUAUCAUCCAAAUAAUUGCAGAAAGAAAAAGAAAAUGGUGAUGAUGAGAAUCUUCUUCUUCCUUUUCCUCUUGGCCUUUCCGGUCUUCACUGCAAAUGCAUCAGUGAAUGACUUCUGCGUGGCCAACGGCCCUGGAGCCCGCGACACCCCGUCAGGCUUCGUGUGCAAGAAUACCGCCAAAGUCACAGCCGCCGACUUCGUCUACUCCGGCCUGGCAAAACCCGGCAACACCACCAACAUCAUCAACGCCGCCGUUACUCCGGCGUUCGUGGGUCAGUUCCCGGGAGUGAACGGGCUGGGAGUCUCCCUUGCCCGCCUCGACUUGGCCCCCGGCGGAGUCAUCCCCAUGCACACCCACCCCGGCGCCUCGGAGAUCUUGAACGUCGUGGAGGGCACGAUCCUGGCCGCCUUCAUUUCCUCCGGCAACAAGGUGUACGAGAAGGCGCUGUACCCCGGCGACGUGAUGGUUUUCCCUCAGGGACUCCUGCAUUUUCAGGUGAACACGGGGAAAGGUAGCGCCCUGGCUUAUGCGAGCUUCGGCAGCGCCAACCCGGGGCUGCAAAUCCUUGAUUUCGCACUGUUUGCCAACGAUCUUUCCACCAAGACCAUCGCCGGGACCACUUUCCUCGACGAAGCUACCAUUAAAAAGCUUAAGUCUGUUCUUGGAGGCACCAAUUAGACACUGAUCAAUCCUCCAUUUUCUUUGUUUUUGUUUUGAUUUUCUGUCAAGAAUUAAUAUAAUGCAGUAGUGUAUUAAUAUGGAGUUUCAAUUCUGGGCUGGUGUUAUUCUUGCCCGCAGUUUUACAUGUUAGUUCCAUGCAUUUCCAUUUUGUUUGAUCUACUGAGUGGAAUUAUUCAAUUAAUUAAAAAUUCCAUCAACUGUAUUAUUGUGCAUGCAUGGCCUAUACUAGUAAUAAAUUUGUUUAUUUAUAUAUUUAA